AUGAGGACCACGGACAAGCAAGCAAUCACAUUUACGGACGAGGAUGCUGAAAGAGUUCACCACCCCCAUGACAAUGCCAUCGUUAUUACUUUACUUAUUGCCGAGUAUACAACCAGAAGGGUGUUGGUGGAUAAUGGAAGUUUAGCAGACAUUUUAUAUUACCCCGCCUUUCAGCAAAUGAGGCUUGGACGAGACCAACUUCGUCCAGUAAACUCACCCUUGGUAGGCUUCGGAAGAACAAAGAUGCAGCCUGUGGGCACUGUUACAUUGCCUGUGGUGGUGGGGGCAUAUCCACAACUGGUAGUCAAGGACAUGAAUUUCAUAGUGGUAGAUUGUUCAUCCUCUUAUAAUGCUAUAAUUAGAAGGCCAACUUUAAAUAGUUGGAAAGUAGUUACGUUUACUUACCACUUGUUAGUCAAAUUUCCGACAGAGCAUGGGGUAGGACAAUUGCAAGGAGAUCAGCUGGCAGCAAGAGAAUGCUACCUAGCCAUGUUGGCCAUGGACGAGCAGGCUCAGAUGAUGAAUAUUGAGGAAAGCAGAGUUGUGGCAGAGCCCACUAAAGCUCUGGAAAACAUUUUCUUCGACGAGAACAACCUUAAGAGAUGUACCAGGGUUGGGGCAGAUUUGGAAGAGAAGACUAAGAAGGAUCUCGUUCGUUUCUUGAAGAAGAACAUUGAUGUGUUCGCUUGGAGUCAUGAGGAUAUGUCGGGUAUAGACCCUAAUGUCAUUACCCAUCGUCUGAAUGUAUAUCCUUCCUUUAAGCCUGUGCGGCAAAAGAAAAGGGUGUUUGCCCCCAAGAGAGACAAUGCUAUCAAAGAAAAGGUCCAGAAGUUGACAACAGCGAAGUUUAUUAUCCAGACUGGAUAUAAUCAGAUAAGGAUGGAUGAAGCAGAUCAAGAGAAGACAUGCUUUGUCACCAGUCAAAGCUUGUUCUGUUAUAAGAUUGGGUGGAAUGUGGAAGUCUAUGUAGAUGACAUGCUAGUAAAGAGCCUGGACGAGGGAAAGCACCUAGACGAACUGCAUGAGACUUUUGACACACUUAGGCAGUACAACAUGAAGUUAAACCCCAACAAAUGUGCUUUUGGAGUAUCAUUGGGGAAAUUCCUUGGAUUUAUGGUUUUGCAUAGGGGGAUUGAAGCAAACCCUGAUAAGAUUCUGGCGAUACUAGACAUGAAGCCUCCACGAAAUAUCCAAGAAGUCCAGUCUCUCACCGAACGAGUUGCUGCCCUUAACAGGGCAUUUGAAUGGAAGGAUGAGUGUCAGAAAGCUUUCCAAGAUUUGAAGACGUACCUCACUACAGCUCCUUUACUGAGUCCUUCCAUACUGAGAGAGGAGUUGUAUUUGUAUUUGGCAGUCACCCUGCAUAUCGUAAGUUCAACGUUGGUGAGGGAGGAAGACAAGGUGCAAAAGCCUAUGUACUAUACAAGUAAAGCACUGACAGGAGCAGAAGGAUGA